AUGGUCGUUAAUGUUGUCGGCUUACGACUACGAGCUGGAGUACAGGCCUGCUCAUCAGCUCAGGAACGCGGAUGCACUGAGUCGACUGCCUCUAACUGUGGAAGACAGCUCAACUGACGAGAAACUUUUUGAAGUCCGGAUGCUGGAGACUGCGCCGGAGAUUCCGUGGGAUGCCCAGAAGAUUGCCCGAUGCACCCGGAACGACCCAACCUUGUCCAGAGUUCGACAUUGGACGGGGGUUGGAUGGCCUCAAGGCAGGCUGCCGGACGAGUUCAAGCCAUUUGUUCGACGGCAGCACGAGUUGUCGGAGUAUCGGGGAUGCCUGCUGUGGGGAUGUAGAGUCAUCAUUCCAGAGCAAGCGAGAGACCAGGUUUUGGAGCUGCUGCAUACCACGCAUCCCGGGAUCGUCCGCAUGAAGGCGCUUGCCAGAAGCACAGUUUGGUGGCCGGGUAUCGACCAAGAUAUCGAAAGGAAGGUCCGAACCUGCCUGCCCUGCCAGGAGACAAGGCCGCAACCUGCACGUGCAAGACUGCAUCCGUGGGAAUUUGCCAGAAACCCAUGGUCCCGAAUCCACAUCGAUUUUGCAGGACCCUUCCAAGGAAAGGUUUUUCUUCUGGUGGUGGAUGCGCAUUCGAAAUGGCUGGAAGUCAUCCAGAUAGCAUCCAUGUCGUCAGCAGCAGUGUGUCAAAGGCUGCGAGUGCUGUUCGCAACACACGGUGUUCCCGACACUAUAGUCUCGGACAAUGGGACAGCGUUCGUCUCACAAGAAUUUGAAGAAUUUUUGCAGAGAAACCAGAUCCGGCACGUUAAGGUGGCGCCAUAUCAUCCAUCGUCAAAUGGCCAAGUGGAGCGCAUGGUCCAAGAAACUAAACAAGUCCUCAGGCGCAUGGAAGGAGGCGACAUGGCCACCAAGUUGGCCCGAUUUCUUUUGAGUCAGCAUAUUCUCCCGAACUCAACGACCGGAAAGAGUCCGGCGGAAUUGUUGAUGGGUCGGAGACUCCGUACUGCACUGGACCGGCUUCACCCAGACCUACAAGCAGAGAUGGUGGACAAGCAAGAGGAACAAGCGCUGCGGGGAAGACAAGGUGUACGCGAAUUCGAGCCGCGAGAACCAGUCUUCAUCCGCAAUUAUUUAGCAGGCCCCAAGUGGCUACCCGGUAUCAUCACUGAGAUCACCGGUCCGGUGUCUUACAAGGUUCGCACCAUCGACGGUCGUUUCUGGAAGCGGCACGUGGACCAAAUCCGGAGACGGGAGUGGAGCACAUACCUGGACGAGGAGGAGCCUACGACAGAGCUGUCACCUCAGCAGCUCUCCUUACCAAGGGAGCCAUCGCUUAGGAAUGAAUCGGUGGAAGAGUGCCCACCAUCUACGAGUCAAGCGGACUUCCCUGAGGAGUCAACCCCAGUGGCAACACCUCCAGCUUCCCCACAACGUUCACCUGCUUCACCCCAUGAACCGAGGCACCAAACAGUGUUGCCAACUUCAGCGCCUGCGCAAGAACAGUCAAAUCGUCCCCAGCGACAACGGCGACGUCCCGACUACCUAAAGGACUAUGUGACCUAGGGGGGAGGGAUGUUGUGUGUUGGCAACCGAGGAUAUCCAGGGAUGCCGGUGAACUGGUGCACGCGCGCAGGCACGAGACGUUCGACUGCUCU